AUGAUAACUGAGACGGACAACCAUCGUCGCCUCAAAACCGAUGGCUCACCAUCGAGAAAUCCAGACGUAGCUAGGAGGAGGUGGCGUUCUGUCGUGGAGGGGCAGUUCGCACUCCGCUUACGCUACCGCGCGUGCGCUACCCUCCUUCGGGCGUCCCUUUCCCUCCCGCGCCUACCAGCAGCCGUCCCCCUCUCACCCGGGAGGGUCGAUAUAUACGACGCUAGGUACGCGUACGGAGUCUUGCACACCAGUACGCAGUUCCCCGGCGUCCCGAGCAAACGUCAGUCGAGAUCGGUCGUUCGGAGCAGAGGUACUUCGCGGCCGCAACAAUGUCGCGCGCCGUGCUGC